AGCUUGUUCCAAGGCUACUGGAAUGCGUUGUUGUUUCUUUCCUCCUGCUAUUUUUUUAAAGAAACACUAGAGAGAGGCCUGAAAACUGUAUUUAAAGAUGGAUUUUAUUGUUAUUAUUGUGGGUACUGGUACAGACUUCUGUACCCAACUAGGUUUUCUUUUAUUCCUUUUCAGAAGAUAAUUAGCAAAAGCCCUGUGGUACUGUAGCUGUAGCUCAAAGUAUUCUGACAGAGGCUGACAAUUUGCUGCCUUGAAAUCAGCUCUGGAAUGUGGGAGCUCCUCUGAGUGCCAGAAGCUGAUUGAAGUUGUUCAUCUUGCCUGUCCUCUUGUCUUGUAUUUGCCAUUUUUCAUUUACUGUGACCUCUUUUUUUUGAGCAUUUGGGCUGACUGCGGAUGGUCCGGGGCUGUGAAUUCAGAACUCCUGACUCCUGCAGUAGAAAGUUGACGGGAAGGGUCCUGCUGGCUGCAGUUCCUGCACUUGGCUGUACUCGCUCCACCUCUGGAGUGGGAGGGAGGAGCCUGGCCCUAUCCUGCAGGAAGAUCUUUUCAGUCAAGCUGAGGAAAAAGUGGCUUGGUUAUCUGUGGGAAGGGGAACCUGUCUUUCCCAGGUGCAGUUUCAUUAAUUACGGAUUAUGAUUUAUAGCAGGAGAAAUGAAAGUAGCAGCUAUUAGCUCCUCCUCCAUUCUGAUUAAAUCAAAUUUGCCCAAUUUUAGUCUGAAUUUGUGCUUUUGUUAUCCUCCAGAGAGGAAAGUAAUUGUUCUCUUGCCUACUGUAGGGCUGGGUUGCAACACGUAUCAGGUGGCUUCUCACCAGGGCUGGUGUUGAAUAGCUUUGUUUUGCUCCUACGCAGAAUACGUUGGUGUUUGUUCCUCUCCCCGGGAAGCUCAUGUGCUCAUUACACCAGGGAACAUCUUUAUGUUGGGAAAGAAAGGUCACGAGUGUUUCCUUUCACCUAUCCAGCCCGCAGUCAGACUGAAGUAUGCAAGAGGUGGUGAGAAGUCUUUUCAGCAAAGGGAGCUUUUGGCGUGUUUUUCACGAGGCAGCCAGUCCGUUCAGCACAGAAGCCAUCACCGCUUUUGUCCUUGCUCCGGGUCUGGCAGUGCUGAUUUCCUACUCUGGAGAUCAAACACGGCUAUUUCGGGGUCCUGCUGCCUCUCCCCGCUGCUCUGGGUAGGAGACCUCCGGCACCAGAGGUGCUUUCUGUCCAGCUGUGUGACAGUGCACUGACUUGUCACCUCCUGUUAAAUGUUUCCAGUGUGAAUAGCAGGUGAAGGGGGAGAAGGGGGUCCGAAUACUUAUGAGUGAGCUGCGAUGGAUAACAAAGACUCAGAAGCUGAGAUCCACCCUCUGAAGACAGAGGAUGUAAAAGCUCAAGAGAACCAUGAAAACUUUGUUGAGAGAAGAAUUAUCAGCAAGCAGUCAUCGCAACUGUCUCGGCUGUCCCGGUGGCGCACUGCCGCCUUCUUCAUCUCAUUAUUUCUGUGCCUGAUAAUUGUGUUUGCUUUCUCGUUUAUCAUUCCUUGCCCAGAGAGGCCUGUUUCGGAAAGAACAUGGUUCCGAAACUAUGAAAAUGCAGUGGCUUACCAGUUUCUUGCUAUAGAAGAUGUGAAUGAGGACAAAGUGCAAGAUGUCAUCUUUGCUUUCAGAGCUACCAACGGCAGCAGCAGCUACAACAGUACCUGUUUGGACAAAGGUCUCCCUUCUCCAUGUACCUUCAUUGCUGCCGUGUCUGGCACAAACGGCAGCAUGCUGUGGGAGAUGCCUGCUGCCGAGGAGGUCGAGUGGAUGGAGUGCGGCAUCAGGCAGCUCGGGGAGGCUUCGGUCCCGGGUUGCCUCGUCGUGGGGAAGCCGGCGUCGCUGACUGCGCUCAGCCUGCGGAAAGGGGAAGUUCAGUGGAGACAGUCAAAUGACUUUGGAGCUAAUUAUACUGUGCUGACUCCCUUGUCAGUGAUUCCAGAUGUGGAUAGUGAUGGAGUUCAGGACCUGAUAAUCUUUAUUGCUACAGGAGAUAAGAUUAAAAUCUUCAUCCAUUCGGGAAGAAAUGGCAAAGAGAUCGGCUCCACUGAAAGUCUGAACGUGGGUGGGAAGGCUCAUUAUAUCAGUCUGAACAUGGGCUCCUCCUCCUACUUCCUUUUCUAUACAGCCAACUCUGUCUAUGCAUAUUCCCUGAAAGAUCUCUACAGUGCAGCAACUGGGAUGGAAAAUAAGCUUCCCAGCCUCGAGCAAGAUCCUCAGUGGGAGAAGAACAUUGACCCAACCACACACCACUUCUCCCUUCCCAGCUCUGGAGACAUUCAUUACCUGGCAAAGAUUCCUGGGGCAUCACGGGAGAACAUCCUGGUUGUAAACUCGGAGAUGGCUACGCUGAUCAAUCCACAGAAUCUUCAGACUUUGUGGACCCUCAAUGUGUCCCACGUUAUGAGUGAGCCACUGCUUGGUUACUACAAACCUGAUGUCCUUGGUAUUGUCCUUGAGAGUGAGAUCGGGCCCAACAGGAAGAAGGUUAUGAUUGUUGAGGGUGGAUCUGGAGCAGUCCAGUGGGACCUGAAGCUGAACUCGAGAGCAGAGAGCCCGGGGCCAGCCACGCUUUCUACUGCUGAUCACCGGUCCACCUUCCUCAUCUGGGGUGAAUACAAGGUAGCAGGGAAUGAAACGGGAUCCACAGCUCCUCAGCAGAAGCUGUAUCUUUUCCAUCCCUCCUACACUAACGUGCUGUUGGAGCUCCGCAAUAACACAGACCAGAUCAUUGCGUUCAGGGCCACGCUGUUUGAGCGGAGCCGUCACGCCUGCUACGUGCUGUUGACGGGGCCUCAACCCAGUGAGGAGCCAGGGUUGGUAUCUCUGAUGAAGCGCAAGCUGAAGGAGGAUGUCUCGGAGAGCAAGGUGAUCUGGCUGAGCCAGGUGGCUGUGGACAGUGAGCAGUACAUCCGGGACCGCCUCUACAGGAUGCGAUUCCACAGCCGAGUGUGAGUUUGCUGAGAGAACAGGAGAGGCUGCUCUGGCCCCUCUCCUCUGCAGCAGUGCACUUAGCAAACCCAGAUCACGGAUUCACAUGGGAAGCUGCCUUUCUCGAUUUGCAAACCAAAGUGUGGCUGGCAGGGAAGCUCCCCCAGUGCCUGGGUAUGCCCAGGCUGUGGGAGCAGCUGCCGGUGCAUCCGUUGUCAGAGCUGAUGGGACUUCAGUGCUUGGCCACCACUGAGGUGUCGUGAGCUCAGGGAUGAGGGCUUUCCCCUUGGUCCUUCUGUGCCCGCAGGACUGUGCUGACUCAGCCUGUAUCUGGAGGAAAACGUGCUUGCUGGGGAUGCCUGAGCUGAUUAUUUCUUGGGUGCUUGCAUGAGAAGUGGAGCUUUGGUAUGUGGUGUUAGAUUUCCUUUCUGAGUCAGCUCUCCUGGCUGCAGGAGAGGUGCUUGGCUGCAGAUUCAUUUGCAAUAGCCCUCUCCUGAAUUUGGGCCCCCCUUCAAUGAUGGGUAUGUGUAGUGCUAGACCCCAGCCAUGGCUGAUGACUUGGCUAGGUCUUACCUGUGCCAGCAGAGCACAGAUUAAAGUUUCAUUCUACUUUGAAAAUGACCUUUUCACCUAAGAAUAGCCCCAUGUACCCCACCGUGCAGUCACAAGCCUACCCGUGUCUUCUGUGCUGCUUCCUUUCCUGCCAGGCUGUACAGCACUGGUGAUGCCGACAGGGAGCUGGUCUCCCACCUGAUCAUAGGUCCACAUCCCAGACCCCCUUGUGAUUGUAGGCAAUACAAAAACAUGAGGCUUGCUGGUCCCUUCAGGUGUGGACACCACCUCUCUUGGUUUUGAGGUGCCAGGGGAUCUAGGACACUUACUAGAGUAGAAUUGCACUUUAACCUUUCCUGGGAGCUUGGCCUGCUGCUCCCGGGAGCUCUCUGUACUCCAGUGGCAAUGCCAGCUGUCCUGAAAAUACUAAUUUGGUCUUGCAGCUACUGAGGAGUCUUUUCCAAGUUCUGUCCCCUCUGCCAGGAGGCGGGCAAGCUGCAAGACAGAUGGAAGCCACUCAGCGACAACACAGGCUGUAUUUGCAGCACAGCUCCAAGGAGAGCUCUGUGCUGCCUCCCUGCCCCUCGGGUUGAAGUGGUGCUGGGGGAGGAUCUCCAGGUGUUGUUUUCUCUGAAGGUGCAGCCUGGCGGCCCGAGAGAGUGGCUCUUGCUGGCUGGGAUGGGCUGCUGUGUGAAGGUGGUGUCUCCCUUGGAGAUGUCUUUAGUGUGAUGUGUCUGCUCUGCCCUGUUCCUGAUGGGCACCAGUGCGGGCUGUAGGAACGAUGUGCAAAAAGCCUGGAAAGCACUUUGCUUAGGCUGCUCGGUCCUGACAGCUGCUGUCCCCACACCAGCUGCACUGAGACACAGCCGCUGUUCGCACACUGCUGGGCGUCCCUUUGGCUGGUGAGAGGAUGGUGGACAGGAAACACGGCUGAGUCUGCAUCCUAAAAAACCUCUCAGGUUUUGCGGUGUUGGAGGGGGGUUAGCCAGGGCCUUCCUCCCUCAGGUAGUCUCAGCUUGGGGCACCUGUAGGCGUACUGAGCUGGAGCUUGAGAACUCGUGUAGGUCCAGGAAUCAGUUCUCUCGGGGCAGCCACUGAGAUUUCCCGUGCUGCAGGGCGGCUCCGGGCACGGGCAGCUGGGCUCACGCAGAACUGUGCGUGCGGCUGCAGCUCUCCCAGCCUUGCAGCAAAAUGAGCUGCAGCAUCUGCUGCUGCGGCACCUGUGGUCUGGCCACACACCUACCUGCUGCUGCCCCGCGGCCCCGUAGCUGCCGAACGGGUGCACUUGCACCCUCUGCCCGCGGCCCGUCUCUCAAGCAGUCAGGGCUGUGCAGGAUGGGUGCCCGGUGGCCUGGAGCUGUGUGGUCAGCGCGGAUUGCAUCCCGCUGAGGUUCCCGGGGCAGCGAGCAUGCCCAGGCUUUAUUCUCGCCAUAGCCACGCUGGCUCUCUUCCUCCUCGGAUCCCUACACAGGCCUCACCGUCUUGGUAGGCACACUGAAUGUUCUCCUUCAGUAGUGCUGGGUUCUCAGCUCUGGGGGGGCUUUUCUGGCUUUAAGUUGUCCGUUCAUGUUUCCAAAUACUUCGGAGAUCCAGAAUCCCCUGUGGCAGCUCAACUAAACGCAUCAGUGCCAAACCAGCACCUUCGUAACAAAACCAGUCCUUUUUGCAGCUUCUUUCCCUGUGUAAUUGUUUUUUGCAGUAUUUAAUGAAUGACUUUGUGCCUUGAUUCAAUAACUCAGAUGGGUGAUGACGGCAUUAUAUCACUGUGUCAUGCAUUAGUGUGUUUUUUAACACUACGACUGUUUGGAUUGGUUCUUUAACUUAUUGCAAAUUGUGCUGUACAGGACUUGGUCUAACUGUAAUGGUUUCAAUAAAUCCUCUUUUGCAUUGUUUGUAAA